GCUACAUUUUAAAAACCCUUGGAUCAAUGUUCAAAUCUAUCAAUGACAGCUUAAGAAUUUUACCAGAUGUUAACAUGGUCAGAUGUAUUCACGAAGGAUUAAACAAAACUAGACUAAGUCCCCGUGAGGUAGACAUUCAAUUAAAAGAACUUUGCCAUUUUUAUCUAGAUCUUAAAGAUCUUCUCAAGAUGUUGAAUGAAUUAUUUUCAUUGGCAAUAUUGCUUGUGUUAAUAAUGCAGUUUUCGCAAUUAACUGUUAAUAUGUAUACUUUAUUUAUUAAUAUAAGCGGAAAAUGGUUACGAUUGUGGACAUUACACUGUGACGUCUUGAUUAUACUUCCAGGCUGGCUUAUUUUGCGUUUGAUACAAAUGUUUAGUGUAAUAAAUAUUUGUGACUUUACAUGUCGUGAGGCAAAUCGCAAGGCAAUUGUUUUGCAUGAGCUGUGGGCUUCGAAACGACCAGAAGGGUAUAAAGAUAUGCUAAAAAAUCUUUCAAUCCAAUUGUUGCAACAACCAGUAGAAAUUAAUUUAUGUAAUUCAAUACAAUUGAAUCAUCAAUUAAUACAAAAGGUAAAUAAAUACUUGAAAGUUAAUUUUUAAAUUUAAUCAAAAUAAUUUAAUUAGAUAAGUGGGAUCAUUGUAACUUAUUUAACAAUCAUGAUCCAAAUUGAUGAUAAAAAAGUAUUUAUAAAGAACGGCGAAAUAGUUGAUCAAAAUCUAUACCACAUAUUUCAAUUUAAAAAAAAUUAAUUAAACAUG